AUGGGAGCUUUACAUUAUGUGUGUGUUCUGGCUUGCACUGUUUUCGUUUCUCAAGCAAAUGGACUCAAAACUUACCGGGACAUGUUCCCUCACAAGCAUUCAUUGUCGAUGAAGUUCCCGCCGAUCCCCGGUUGGAACCCAGACAGCAACCCGUGGGAUGACUAUAUCUACCCGCCCUUUGGUCCCAAGGAACUAACGCGGAGAAAAGGUAAGCCCGUCAAAGUGCGCCUGACCAGCGACAGUCCAGCAAUCAAAGGUUCUAUGGUGUCAUUCACUGCCAAGCUAGAGUACCCGCCAUGUCAGAAGGAGGACACCAACGGGGAGCUGGUGUGGGAUGAGCACUGUCCAGAUGCUAACAGUCAGCUUAAGACUGGCUAUGUUUUUAACUGGACCUCCUGGCUAGAUGACUACGGCUUUGGAAAGUGUACUGACCUGAAGAGAUGUAACGUCUUCCCAGACGGGAAACCCUUCCCUCAGAGCAACGACUGGAGACACAAGGGCUACGUCUACGUAUGGCACUCCAUGGGUCAGUACUCUGAGACGUGUGAUGGCUCCUCCUCCACCCUGACAGUGAACACCAGUGACAUCAUUCUGGGGGCGGAGCUGAUGGAGGUCAUGGUGUACAGGAAGCGCGAGCGCAGGAAGUACAGCCCCCUGGCCACCGACAAGGCCGUCUUCUUUGUCACAGACAAGAUCCCAGUGGCUGUGAAUAUUUCUCAGAAGGCAUCAGCCAACCUGUCGGACAGUGUAUUUGUGCGUGGCGAGGACGUUGUGUUCAGUGUGUCGGUUCACGACCCCAGUAACUACCUGAAGACCGCAGACGCCGUCGACUACAUCUGGGACUUCAAGGACGGCAACCAGCUGGUCACCCAUAGCAACAUAGCCACUCACUCCUACAGUGCGGUUGGAGAUGUCAACGUGAAGCUGAGGGUGGAGGCGACGUUCAAGAUCCCAUGUCCUCCGCCCACGCAAACUACAGCGGCCCACACACCUCCCCCUGGAACUCACUCCAUCACUCACAAAAUGGAGACAACCCAUGGUUUUGUGCCAGUCACCACUGCCAGACCCGCCUCCAACACACCUGUUCCUAUGACUACAGGCUUCCCGACGACAGAGCCCCUCCCCCCGACGGUUGCUGACGUGACCGUGGCGCUGUUCAACCCGAUACAACUUUUUGCCCAGUUCUUGCUAGCUGGCCCCACCCCCAUGUCCCUGCCCACUGGCCCUACCCCAAUGUCCCUGCCGGCUGGCCCCACCCCCAUGGCCCAGCUCCGCCACGCACAUCUGGCAGCCAAUGAUUGCUUCCGCUACUUCUAUGGAAACUUCCAGACCAACAUCACCAUUAUUGAACCCAAGCACUUAAUCAACAGCCAGCCAGCCAAUCGGAUCGUGGACGUGUCUGCUGCCAAGGUCACGAACACUGACAUAAGCUUCCUGGUCAAGUGCCUGGGCAGCACUCCCACCUCAGCCUGCACCAUCGUCUCGGACCCCUCUUGCCACCAGGUGAGGAACAUCGUGUGUGAAGACGUGCCCCCAUCGUCGGAGUGCAAGGUGCACCUGCGGAGGACCUUCCUGGAGCCAGGGACCUACUGUGUCAACAUCACCCUGGAGGACACCAGCAGUCUGGCCCUCACCACCACCACCACCAUCACCAUAAGCAACACUAACCCUGACACACCCGAGUCUAAAGCUCCUCAUGCUGCAGAGGUUGUCCUCUCCUCCAGUGCUAUUCUGGUAGCCAUCUUUGCCUUCACCGCCUUCAUAGUCUACAAGCGCUAUAAAGUCCACAAGCGAGUGAGGAGGUCCCUGGUGGAGGACGCCAGUGGCCAUGUUGGUGUUGGGGGUCGUAUGGGCCGGCUGAGGGAGGUAAUAUUCCCCACCAACGAGGAGAGGAGUCGCCUGCUGUCGGACAGACACCCCCUGUAG